CAAGUUAUUUAAAAAGUCUGUUCGGGCCAGAAAAAUUAAAUUGGCUAAGGUACUAUGGCGGAGAGUUUCUCACCCAACAGGGGCUGCAUUGUAUGCCUGUGGGAUACUGAAAGUACUAAGAGAACAUGAGACUAAUGAAGACAAAGUGCAGCAGUUAAAAGAAUACUAUAAGGAUUUUGAAAAGUACGCUGUGGACACGCUAAUGCGAACCUACAAGAAAUACCCCGAAGAAACUAUCCGACUUCUGAUCUUCAGCAUGCCAGAAUGGGGCAACACAACAUGCAUCUACCUGGCCAUCAACAACUACAACUUAAACUUCUUGUCACAAACGCCGUGUACGGAACUCAACGAUCGCUUGUGGAACUGGGGUACUCACGUCAAGAACGAAUGCAUGUGGCACGUGAAGGAGGAAUCAGAAGAAAACGAAAGUACACAAGUUCACAACAAAGAGGCCCAGGGCGGAAGUUUUCAUAGAUCUGCUAAAGGAAAUAUUGGAGAACAUUCAGGAAAACUAGAGCAUUGCAGGGUAUGCGACACUUGCAAAGAUCAUAAAAUGUUGGCCAAGCUUUCGUUUUGGGCCUUUAUCUAUAUGUCAUGCUGCUGCUCGAUCAGAAAGUAUGAUCUGAUUUUAAGAAAAUUUUUGGCGCCAUCAGUCCUGGUUCUGCUGCAAUUGAUAGGCCACCUGGUGUUUCUUGUUCUCUACGCCAUGCUGCUUGUCUCUGUGCUUGAACCCGCUUCCUUCCAUUGGCUGGAAUGGUUGGUGUGGGCGUGGAUAAUCAGCUUUAUUUGUGAGGAAUUCAACCAGUAUCUGAGAAACCCACUCUUCAAAUGGCUGCAGUUAUUCUUGGUGGUGAAACUGAUAUCAUUUGCCUUCUUCUUUGCGGGCUAUGGACUUCGUAUUGCAGUUUUCUACGACCCUACAGAAGUGACGAAUACCAACUACACCCACGUCUUACUUGGAAUCUCUUACAUUGGCUUUUCUUUUGGUCUUCUAGAGAUUUGUUACUCCAGUGAGUUCUUUGGACCACUCAUGGCCAUGUUUAAAAAUAUGGUGGAGAAACUGCUCAAGUUUAUGGUGAUCAUCUUUGUAAUUUUUUUCUCUUACGCCGUCGCCUCUGAGUCCGUCUUGUAUCCCAGAUCUAAGCUCACUCCCUUGUUGGCCUACUACGUAGCACGCAGAGCAUUUUGGGGAAUGUUCGGGGAAUUUUUUCUGAACGAGCUAGAAAGUCAGGAGGGUGACAUUGAUGAGCCAACGUGCACCAACGACCCCAGCCUGUACGAGGACUACGAACAACUUCGAUGCCCCACAGGGACGGGGAGAUAUUUCGUUCCAGUCCUAUUGGGCAUUUAUUUUCUCACCAUCAAUAUUCUACUGUUUAGCAUCCUCAUCGCUGUUUUUAACUCAGAGAUCAAGCGUAUCGAACAGAAAGCCGAGGGGGUGUGGCGGCGCCACUCACUCAGGAUUACGAUCAAGUAUCACAAGAUGCGAUAUCCUGCUCCCAUAUUCUUACUGUUUGUCCCGUUCCUAUGUAAAAUGUCAAAAAGCAAGGACAGAUUUUCUCCGUUCUUGAAGGAAAUAACCAAAGCAGAAAAGCCCUUGCAACUUCGUUUAUCAAGAAUUCAAGAGGAGAUCCGAGAACAAUAUAUCAUAGACACAGAACCUGACCUUUACCCAGAGACUGCUACUGAGCCACAUAUCACGACCGUGGAUCAUGAAGAUUGUCUUCGUGACCAACAUAGUGACCAACCUAGUGACCAACCUAGUGACCAACUAAGUGACCAACUUAGUGACCAGCUUAGUGACCAACCCAGUGACCGACCUAGUGACCAGCUUAGUGACCAACCUAGUGACCAACCUAGUGACCAACCUAGUGAACAACCUAGUGACCAACCUAGUGACCAACCUAGUGACCAGCUUAGUGACCAACCUAGUGACCAGCUUAGUGACCAACCUAGUGACCAGCUUAGCGACCAACCUAGUGACCAACCUAGUGACCAACUUAGUGACCAACCUAGUGACCAACCUAGUGACCAACCUAAUGACCAACCUAGUGACCAACCUAGUGACCAACCUAGUGACCAAACUAGUGACCAACCUAGUGACCAACCUAGUGACCAACCUAGUGACCAGCUUAGUGACCAGCUUAGUGACCAACCUAGUGACCAACCUAGUGACCAACCUAGUGACCAACCUAGAGACCAACCUAGUGACCAACCUAGUGAACAACCUAGUGACCAACCUAGUGACCAACCUAGUGACCAACCUAGUGACCAACCUAGUGGUCAACCUAGUGAUCUCCAGAGUUAUUGCAAAAUAAAAUAUCGACCCAGUUAA